GGCGCGCUGAGGCGGCCACCCAAGCAAGUGCGCUUGCAGCUGCCGCCGCCGCCCCGAGCACCCGCAGCUCCGGCGCCGCGGCGAGACGGAGAGACUGACCGAUCGGCGGACCCUGCAGCCUCAGCAUCCUGGAAGAGAACAUGCUUGCCAAUUCGGCCAGCGUGCGGAUUCUCAUCAAGGGAGGCAAGGUGGUGAACGAUGACUGCACCCAUGAGGCUGAUGUCUACAUUGAGAACGGCAUCAUCCAGCAGGUGGGCCGUGAGCUCAUGAUCCCCGGAGGGGCCAAGGUGAUCGAUGCCACCGGGAAACUGGUGAUCCCCGGAGGCAUAGACACCAGCACCCACUUCCACCAGACCUUCAUGAAUGCCACAUGUGUGGACGACUUCUACCAUGGGACCAAGGCAGCGCUUGUUGGAGGCACCACCAUGAUCAUCGGCCACGUCCUGCCUGACAAAGAGACCUCCCUCGUGGAUGCCUAUGAGAAGUGUCGGGCGCUAGCCGACCCCAAGGUCUGCUGUGACUACGCCCUCCAUGUGGGGAUCACCUGGUGGGCACCCAAGGUGAAAGCAGAAAUGGAGACGCUGGUGAGGGAAAAGGGUGUCAACUCUUUCCAGAUGUUCAUGACCUAUAAGGACUUGUACAUGCUUCGAGACAGUGAGCUAUACCAAGUGUUCCACGCUUGCAAAGACAUUGGGGCAAUCGCCCGAGUCCAUGCUGAAAAUGGGGAACUCGUGUCUGAGGGUGCUAAGGAGGCACUAGAUUUGGGUAUCACAGGCCCAGAAGGGAUCGAGAUCAGCCGUCCAGAGGAGCUGGAAGCUGAAGCUACUCACCGUGUUAUCACCAUUGCCAACAGGACUCACUGUCCGAUCUACCUGGUUAACGUGUCCAGCAUCUCAGCUGGUGAUGUUAUCGCAGCUGCUAAGAUGCAAGGGAAGGUUGUACUGGCUGAGACCACCACUGCCCAUGCCACACUGACAGGCUUACACUACUACCACCAGGACUGGUCCCAUGCAGCUGCCUAUGUCACGGUGCCUCCCCUGAGACUGGACACCAACACUUCAACCUACCUCAUGAGCCUGCUGGCCAAUGACACUCUGAACAUUGUGGCAUCAGAUCACCGGCCGUUCACCACGAAGCAGAAGGCUAUGGGCAAGGAGGAUUUCACCAAGAUCCCACACGGAGUGAGCGGCGUGCAGGACCGCAUGAGUGUCAUCUGGGAGAGGGGAGUGGUUGGAGGAAAGAUGGAUGAGAACCGUUUUGUGGCCGUUACCAGUUCCAACGCAGCUAAGAUUCUCAACCUGUAUCCCCGCAAGGGCCGUGUCAUCCCCGGGGCCGAUGCUGACGUGGUCGUGUGGGACCCAGAAGCCACAAAGACCAUCUCAGCCAGCACCCAGGUACAGGGAGGAGACUUCAACCUGUACGAGAACAUGCGCUGCCACGGCGUGCCACUGGUCACCAUUAGCCGUGGGCGUGUCGUGUAUGAGAAUGGUGUCUUCAUGUGUGCUGAGGGCACAGGCAAGUUCUGUCCCCUGAGGUCCUUCCCAGACACUGUCUACAAGAAGCUGGUCCAGAGAGAGAAGACCUUGAAGGUGAGAGGAGUGGACCGCACUCCCUACCUGGGGGAUGUCGCUGUUGUUGUGCAUCCUGGGAAAAAAGAGAUGGGAACGCCUCUUGCAGACACUCCUACCCGCCCAGUCACCCGACACGGGGGCAUGCGGGACCUUCAUGAAUCCAGCUUCAGCCUCUCUGGUUCUCAGAUUGAUGACCAUGUUCCAAAGCGAGCUUCGGCUCGGAUCCUCGCUCCCCCCGGAGGCAGAUCAAGUGGCAUUUGGUAAAGGCACUGCCUAGCCCCCCACGUGAGGAUGCACCGCUGCCACCAGCCCGCACAGCCUCCGGCCACAGCUGCAGGGGGCAGGAGAGGCUGGGCUGGGCAGGACACCACCUGAGGGGGCCCCAGGACCCCAGGAGCCCUCCCCAUGUCUGAAACGUGAUUCACUGUGCUUUGAGCCAACCCUACCUAACAAGCACUUUGAGAUGUUUUCCUCCUGCUUGGUCCUUUCCUGUCUUGGCCUUGGCAGGCCUUUCUGGGGUCCAGGAAGCCCACACUAUGCACAGAGCCCACAGCAUAGAGCCCUGGCCAGCCCCUCCUCUCACACCUGCCUCCAUGUGCUGGCUUUGGGAAAGCCCAGAUUUAGUGCCCUGCCCCCUGGCUGACUGGCCAGUUGUCCAGAGCACUUUAGCAGACAUGUUUAAAAGUAAAGGCCUCCUACCCACUCCUGUAGGCCCCAUGGUGACAUUUCCCAAGUCAGACAGGUGUCAGGUUCCCAGCCAUGCCCUGGACGUCCUGUCCUCUUGCCUCACCUCUGGCCCUGUGUGGGUGUGGUUGGGAUACCCUGGUGCCCCUUGCCAGCUUCCUCCACUCCCCACCCACCCCCUCUGGGAGUCACAGGGGACGGAUGGGUAGCUGGGCGGGGCGUGAGGCUGGUGCCAGGCGCGUGUAAAUGGUUUUGUUUUGCACGUUUGGUUUGCGCAGUGGUUUGGUUUGACUUGUUUGUGCAUCCUGUGAAAAAUAACGGUGCUUCGUGUCACUAGCAUAGAAUAGCAACAGGAAUAGAUGUGGUCCUUAGGAGAUGCUGCACUCGACACCAGCCAGACAGCACAGAGCAGAGACGGUGGGGGCUGGCCUCACAGGCCCCUCUUCUCCCCACCUGGGGUCCUCCAGGCUGCCAGACACUCUGGCCCAGGCCCUGUCCCCUGUCUUCCCUUCCCAGUCUAGGUCCCCGCGUUCCAAGAGUGUGCCUGGAAUGCUAGCCCUGAAGACACUGGCCCUUCAGGCAGCAAGGUGACUUUCCCCAUCUCUGCCCCUGGUCACUGCCCGCACUAACACUCCCCCCCCCCCCAACACACACACACACAUAAACACACACACAACUUCUAUAACUUCCCUGCUGGACAGAAGACCUGAGCUCCUCUGUGCCUGCUGAGAAUGAGGAGUGGGAAGGGAACUGGCCAGACACCAGGAGGGAGACCUCAGGCCCACAGGACCUAGCGGCAGAGCCCGCAUUGCUGCACAGGCACUGUGGUCUCCUGCGGUCAGCUCCACACCCUCAGCAGCUUGUGGCUUCAUCUCCUUCCAAGUCCAAUUGGGCCCUCCCUGUCUCUGUAGCUCCACAGACAGUUCCAUAGAAACACUAGAGGCUGGGUGAGCUCCACCCACCCCAAGUGAUCAGCGCCUGCACUUGUUAAUGAAGCCUUGUCUCCCCCUCGGGAAGUGAUUUCAUGUUGCACAUUUGAUUUGAGCACCCCAGGCUUGCACAACACUCCUGGACUCUUAACUAAUGAUCAUACCCUGCGCAUUUUCAUGUUUUUUCAGACCACUUUCAUAUACGCCCUCCCUUUUGGUCCUCAUGACAAUGGAGCAUGUAUUAUUCCCAUUUUACAGAUGAGGAAACUGAAGCCCAGAAAGUUUAGAUCUCUCUGACCCUAGAAGUGUCCAUACUGUCUACUCCCACUAUGGAAGGGAAGUGUGGGGGUGUCCACUAUAGAUCCCACUUGAGAGUUUAACCAGCUAGAAGACUUACCUUCCCUGGUAGGUGUUCUGCUUUGUUUUGCACAGGUAGAUAGAGUUUUCUCAUCUUUAUUGUAAACAUACUAAUGCAUAUUCUCUGUUCGAGCCAGGACUAGUCACAAGUUGGGGGCUUGCCACGUGGUUUGAGCUGCAUCCACACCCUUACUUCUCCCUUCACUCCCACUUUCCUUACUCAGGGGCUGAGAGGACAGAGGUGGCAACCCAGGGAGUGAAGACAGUGAAGGGGCUCAUGGCAUGUGGCAGCCAUGGGGACAAGAGGAUAGGGAUCUGGGCCUGGGAAAGCCACCGGGGAUGAGGGAAACCGUGACGUUGACUCCUGGUGCAAUGCACAUCAUCUUUAUCCCUUUCAUCCCUUGCUGGGUCAUGAGCUUUGGGCAGAUGCCAAAGAGCCAAGCAGUGGUGGUUGCCAGCUGGGCAGAGCGUCCUGCUUGGGCAAGGAAAGCUUUACCUUCCCUGAGUGCCUCCGCCCUAGAGAUGCAUGAUCUGUGUCGCUGGGAGGCCACGUCUUGGCGUGGUCCUCUGUAGACCUUCCACUUCAUCCACCCCUAGUCCUUACAUAGACCCUGCCUUUGCCCAGGAGCUUCUAGAUGGAAAUCAGGAGGUUCAAGGAGCCAAAUGAGCGGUCAGCCCCCACCACCCACUCCGUGCCCAUGCAGAGCUCCAGCCAGCUCCAUCACCAGCUCCAUCACUGGCUCCUGGUUGGAAUAAAAAGAGUCUCUGGUUGCACUGAAUGCAGCUCUCAAAUUGGUCUUGUACUUGCUGAAUAAAUACUGUUGUUCUUGCCUUAGCUGCUCUCUAGGUUUGUGGGAUUAAGUUACCAGAAAAUUGUGCUACUGUGUGUGUGUGUGCGUGUGUGUGCGUAGUGCUAGGAGUCCACAGUAGGUCUCUGUCAAGCCAGUGUCGUGAUGAGGGCUUUUCCGAUACUGACCCUGAAGCCACAGAACCACGCAGAAACCCAAAGCCCCUCCAGCUGCUGAGGCGGCAGGCACAGCCUGGGGUCAGUGGGGAGCCACCUGCUCCCCAGCUCCCAGGCAAUUUUCCCACUCCUCUGUAAAUGUCAUGGUGCUAAGAUUGUGUCACCCGAGACGACACAUGGUCCUGUGCUUUGGCCACCUGUUUGAGGCAAAAAACAAAACAGCCCAACACGUUGUGUUCUGGUGCAGGUUUGUAUUAAACUGUAGCUACUUCUCA